AUGUCUCACCAGGAGAUCAGCAACAAGGAAGAGUUCGACCAGGCCAUCAAGACCGAGGGCAAGUAUGUCUUCGUGUUGGCCUACGAGGGGGCACCACCACCGAACGCGGACGAGUAUGCCAAGAAGUUCGAGGGCAAGGUAGCAUGCUACCAGUUCGACGUUGCUAAGGCACCCAGGGCUCGUGACGCCCAUGGCAUCACUGACCUGCCGUGUGCUCUCAUCUACAAGGAUGGCAAGCUGCAGAAGAAGGUCGAUGGCAUGGCGCCAGAGGAGAUGAAAGAGGUUGGCAAGAUGUUGUCUUCCGCAUAA